UGUCCUUUGGGUGCGUCGGCUGCCUGAGCUCUGUGCAGUUCCCUGCAAGCCUCCCGCGGCAUCCCAGUGCCACCAUGCUCCUGCUUCUGGGGCUGUGCUUGGGGCUGCCGCUCUGCGCGGGGUCGCUGGAAGAGCCACGGAGUUGGAGUGACACUUUAGAGCAAGUUGGAGCCAGGGUCCCGAGGCAAGUCCGGCUGUUGCAGAGGCUGAAAACCAAACCUUUGAUGACGGAGUUCUUCGUGAAGUCUACCAUUAUUUCUCGCUAUGCCUUCACUACAGUUUCCUGCCAAAUGAUGAAUAGAGCUUCUGAGGACCAAGAGACUGAGUUUCUGAUGCAGAUUCCAGCCACAGCUUUCAUCACCAACUUCACUAUGCUAAUUGGAGACAAGGUGUAUCAGGGAGAAAUCACAGAGAGAGAAAAGAAAAAUGGUGAUAAGGUAGAAGAGAAAAGGAAUAAAACCACAGAAGAUAAUGGGGAGAAGGGGACUGAAACGUUCAGAGCCUCCAUAGUUAUUCCCAGCAAGGACAAAGCUGUCUUCCUCCUGAGUUAUGAAGAGCUCUUGCAGAGGCGGCUUGGGAAGUAUGAGCAUGUCAUCAGUGUGCGACCCCAGCAGCUGGUGGGGAGGCUGACAGUGGAAGUGAAUAUUCUGGAGAGUUCGGGCAUCACAUCGCUGGAGGUGCUGCCUCUACACAACAGUAGGCAGAAGGGCAGCGGGAGGGCGGAAGACAAUGCUGGGCCACCUCCUUCUACUCUUAUCAACCAAAACGAAACUUUUGCCAAAAUCAUUUUUAAGCCUAGCGUGGUGCAGCAAGCCAGGAUUGCGCAAAAUGGCAUUUUGGGAGAUUUCAUCAUUAGAUAUGAUGUCAAUAGGGAACAGAACAUUGGAGACAUCCAGGUUCUAAAUGGCUAUUUUGUGCACUAUUUUGCUCCUAAAGACCUUCCUCCAUUACCCAAGAAUGUGGUAUUUGUGCUUGACAGCAGUGCCUCCAUGGUAGGAACCAAACUCCGGCAGACCAAAGAUGCCCUGUUCACAAUCCUGCAUGACCUCCGACCCCAGGAUCAUUUCAAUAUUAUUGGAUUUUCCAACCGGAUCAAAGUGUGGAAGGACCAUUUGGUGUCAGUUACUCCCAACAAUAUCAGAGAUGGCAAAGUCUACAUUCACCACAUGUCACCCACUGGAGGCACAGACAUCAAUGGGGCCCUGCAGAGGGCCAUCAGACUGCUCAACAACUACGUGGCCCACAAUGACAUCGAAGAUCGCAGCGUAUCCCUCAUCAUCUUCCUGACGGAUGGGAAACCCACCGUCGGGGAGACCCAUACCCUCAAGAUUCUCAACAACACUAAGGAGGCCGCCCGGGGCCGAAUCUGCAUCUUCACCAUCGGCAUUGGGAAUGACGUGGACUUCAAGCUGCUGGAGAAACUGUCACUGGAGAACUGUGGCCUCACACGGCGUGUCCACGAGGAGGAGGAUGCAGGCUCACAGCUCAUUGGCUUCUACGAUGAGAUCAGGACCCCUCUGCUCUCUGACAUCCGCGUUGAUUACCCACCCAGCCUCGUGGAGCAGGCUACCAGAACCCUCUUCCCCAACUACUUCAAUGGCUCAGAGAUCAUCAUUGCUGGGAAGCUGGUGGACAGGAAGAUGGAUCGGUUGCAUGUGGAGGUCACAGCCAGCAACAGUAAGAAAUUUGUUGUACUGAAGACAGACGUGCCCUUGGAGCCUCCAAAGGUGGAGAAUGAUGUCACAGGAAGCACCAGGCCCAAGGGUGAUGGUGAGGAGGACCCCAACCAUCUCAAGCGUCUCUGGAGCUACCUGACCAUGAAGGAGCUGCUGAACUCCUGGCUACAGAGUGACGACAAGCGGGAGAAGGAGCAACUGAGGCAGAAGGCCCAGGAUCUGGCUGUGAACUCUCGCUUCCUCACCCCAUUCACCUCCAUGAAGUUGAAGAAACCUGCACUGCAGACAAAGAAGCUAGAGGAGAGCUAUGGCAUGUCUGCUGCAAUGGGGCCUGAAACAGUGACGCAGAGCCUGCAAGGCUCCAACCUGCAGACAGGGCCUGCUCUUGAGAAGCCAUACAACCCAAGAAUUAAAGUCUCCAAAACAUCAGCGGAUGGAGACCCCCAUUUUGUUGUGGAUUUCCCCUCGAACAAGCUCACUGUCUGCUUCAACAUUGAUGGGCAGCCUGGGGACAUCCUAAGGCUGGUCUCCGAUCACAUGGACUCUGGUGUGACAGUGAAUGGAGCGUUAAUCGGGGCCCCCGCUCCUCCCAGCGGCCACAAGAAACAACGCACUUACUUUCGCACCAUCACCAUCCUCGUCAAUAAGCCCAACAGAUCAUACCUUGAGAUCACACCACACAGAGUCAUCUUGGACAGUGAAGACAGGCUGGUCCUCCCCUGCAACCAGAGCAUGGUAGUGGGGAGUCGGGGGCUGGAGGUGUCAGUGUUUGCCAAUGCCAAUGUCACCGUCACCAUCCAGGACACCAUUGCUUUUGUCAUCCUCAUUCACCUCUACAAAAAACCAGCCCCCUACCAGCGAGACCACCUAGGUUUCUACAUCUCCAGUAGCAAAGGCCUUUCCAGCAGCUGCCACGGACUGUUAGGUCAGUUCCUGAACCAAGAUGCCAGACUCACAGGGGAGCCUGAUGGGCCCAGCAAGAACACUACUGGUCCUCCACUCCCAAAGACAGGCGAGGCGUCUGGGACUGUUUUGAAGGUGAAAGGACACCAGGUCCCGGUGGUCUGGAAACAGAGGAAAAUCUACAAUGGGGAGGAGCAGGUAGACUGCUGGUUUGCCAGGAAUGCUGCCCAGCUGCUCGAUGGAGAGUACAAGGAUUACCUGGCAGCCCAUCCUUUUGACUCAGAGACUUCAUUCAGCCUGGGAACAUCCAGGGGACUCUGACACCAGCACCCUUAAUGUCACAGUGCCUGAUAGGGAAAUGGCCUUCAGGGAAAUUGCGGUGUGGUCCCUGUGCCUGGUCUCUUGGUAGUAAGCUGUGACCUUUGGUCUGUCCCUGGUUGUCUGUAGGUUGGACAUCAUCUUGAGCAAAGAGUAGGGUCAGGAAGCACAAGUGAAAUGUUUCCCCUGCUUCCUCCUCCUGCCAAGGUCUCCUUAUGUACUAUUGAGAAAGAUGGUUGCACCAAGGGGGGAAAGGGCAUAAUUAAAAGCAAGAAGUCUAUGUCUCGUACCAACUGGCUUGUCCAUCUCACAGCCCAUCAUAAAGGAACUCUGACAAAGGAAGGUUGCUGCAAAGUUUGUUUUCUCUGUGGAAAAAGCCAAGUUUGGGCACAUUGCUUUUCACCUUAUAAAUGCUUAGGAAUCCUUUCUCUUCAUAUUGCUGCAUUCUCCAGAUGUGUGGCCUGCUUCUGCUUCAGGGGAUCCUUCGGUGUAGCCCAGACCAUGAGUCAUGUGAUAGCCUGUAGAUUUGAUCAUUAUAAACAAUUAAGUCUCUUCCUAGAGAAGAUUUUUUUCUGCUGUGAUAUCUUGCCCUUGAAAUUUAGUUUUCAUUUUUAUAAAAAAAACUAAUUAAAAAUUAGAAAAUCUACAUCCCAGCUUACCCAUGUCUUUCUAAUGGGUUUUGUAAAACACUUUACUUUGCCAAUGAAUAUUCUCCUAUUUAUUCCAGUAAGCCACAUGCUUAUAAUAAAAAGGACAACUCCACAUGGAUGUUUUUACUGGCCUGUCUUGGUGCCAGCUGAAUGGACAAGCUUUUACUAGGCCCUCUUUAGCCUUCAUCAUCAUGCACCAGGUGAUAAAUUAGGCUCUCCCAGUACUGGACUGGGAGGUAGACACAGCACAGGGAAAGUCUGACAGCUGGCAUACAGGAGUCAACCUGCAUGUUCUCAGCAGGAAGUACCCCUGCUUACAGAGUCUAAGAAGCCUUUCCACACCUCAUAUAAGCAAAGCAAGGAAUCAGCAUGAGUCAAGGGCUCUGGUUCCAGAGUGUGGACAUAGCUAAUCCCAUAAGGAAUAGGUUAAAAUUGGGGAGGGGAGCUCCAGGAGUCACCGACUGUCAGCCUUCUCAUUGUGGGCACCCUCUUUGCAGCAUGUUCAUAUAAUCACAGGACAUGAGGGUGCUGGUGGCAUCAGAGCCUCACUUUGUGCUCUACUCACCAGUUCUCACUUUUCAGUUUGGUCUUCUCAGGACCACUGCGGCUCUGAAAGUCUGAUCCUCAUUGAGUGAGGAGAACAGUCAGGUCACAGAUGGACACAGGGGGCACUUGUGUCAAACAGCAGAGAAAGAUUCGGGCCAGAGACAUAGAAUAUUUUGAUGUGAGACUGAAUGAAAUAAAGGCCUUUGUGCUGGCUUCACAGGAGGUUUUUCCCCAUCAGGACUGACUCCAAAGCAGGCUUUCACAAAAAUGAAAGCAUGCUUAGUACUUGGAGGGAAAUCAGAGCUACAAAAAUUGUUUGUCAUACUUGCCUUCCCAUGGGAACCAUUUGAACAGCAAAACGACCUCCACAUGGUCCUGUUGGACCAGAGGAUUAAGUUAGUAGCUGGGGACUUUUCAGUCCUCUCUCAGUCUCUCUCCUCUGCGUGAACCCACUAGACCAUGGCCUGCCAGCUGUGUUAUUUUUAACUCCCACCAUCUCAAACUAGCUGCCUGUUUUCAUGCCAGCAUGUGAAGACACCUGCCCAGACUGACAGAUGCUUCCAUAUUUCAGAGCCCAGAGGAAGAAGAGGAGCAUGAGCCAGGGCCAACCAGUGAGUGGCCAGGCCCAUCAUACAAUUGCAGUCCUGGCUGGGUAGAUGUCCCUGAGCCUGAGGUGAGCCCACUGUGUUAACAGUGGGAUCAGUGACCUGUGUUCCAAGUGUAGGCCUCAGAGCUGCAGAGAGGAGGCUACUGAAAGACAUUCCCACUUCUUCCUGCUUUUCUAAGAGCAGUGAAGAAUAUUCCAGUGGUCUACCCAUCGCUUCCUCUCCUACUUAGACAAAAACAUUUUUUAAGUAUCAAGGUUGAGCUCUUAUUUUAAAGUUUUUACUUGAGACUUUUACAAAUCCACUUUUCUUUUUCCUCCUUCAGUUGUACAUCUGUUUUUAUUGCUAAAGGUAUUUACCAUUAAAUUUUGUCUUCUCACCUGGAGACUGUGAUAUAUGUGAGCCCAAAAUUCCACACCCAUGUUAUAGUUAGGGCCUUUUAAUUUGAUUGAAAAAUGUAAUAUUUUCUGUUGGCCAUGUGUUGUGAAGAUCAAGCUAUUUUGAAGCCAAUGCAAGAUGAAGGAGGAACUCUCUUCUCCUCUGGUAGGGAAACUGAGGCAGAGUACCAUUGGGUGAUUUUGCCCAUGUCAGGUAAAAGACUCACAAGGAGACCAGGCUGAAUUUCCAGAACUUCUUUUGUUUGCUUCGACACAUUUGCACCAUCUGGGCAAUCAUUUAUUUUCCUUGAGCAUUUAUAAAUUGACAGAGGGUAACUAAAUGAGAAGUUGAAUGAGAUUGAGAAAUAUGUUGCAGUUAGAGGAGAUAAAUCACAUGUUGUCAACACAACUAAUAUGAAAGAGUCAUAACAACUGAUUAAGAUCUUAAAAGUCUUCAUCUCUGGCCUCCCACCCCCUCCCACAUCUAAAAAGAAAGCCUUCUAAUGGGUCAUCUUGAUUUAAAGUUUUGCAUUCUCCAAAUAAAUGGACUGAAUGUUCUCUACCCAGCCAUGCUGGGUGGUUUAUCAUCUUCCAUUUGACUUUUCCAUGAUUUACUACUUCAGUCUCAAGGGAGUAGGUAUUUGGGAGGAUCAGCCAUCCUGACACAGUGUCACAGCUGGGCAGUUGUGAGGCAGGCACUGGGAACAAGGAAGAACACCUCUUUGUUUCGAUCAGGAAUAACAUUAAGUCUUUAAUGGAAUCAUGGACCCUCACAGGUGGAUUUGGAACAUGAUUAAUUUCUUUAAAUUUAUCUCUUGUCUAAACUGAAUGCUGUGGACAGAAUGUUUUUGUCUCCCAAAAUUCAUAUGCGAAAGCCUAACUCCCCCAGUGUGAUGACAUUGGGAGGUGGGGCAUUGGUGGUGGUGAUGAGGUCAUGAGGGUGGAGCCCCAUGAAUGGGGUUAGUGUCCUAAUAAAAGAGACCCCAGAGAGCUGCUUCACCCCUCUCACCAGGUGAUAAUGCAGGUAAAAGAUGACAUCUAUGAACCAGGGGAUGGAAUCUCACCAGACACCAAAUCUGCCAGUGUCUUGAACCUUCAGCCUCCAGAAUGGCGAGAAAUGAAUGUUCAUUGUUUAAGCCCCCAGUCUGUGGCAUUCUUGAUGUAGCAGCCUGAACUGAAUAAGACUGAAUCAAAGCACGAAUUCUUUUCAUUUCUUCAAGCUACAUAGAAUGUAUACAAAUAAUGCUGUCAUUAAAUUUGGAGAGCUCUUGGAACAGAAGAACUUGAUCCACCUAAAGCUAACAGCAACUAAAGUAACACAGCUAAACAAACACUUAGAAAUGUAACUUUAAAUAUUUAUUUUAGUCAGUUUAAAAUAAUAAGUAGGGUACAAGAUAGUUCACAUUCAAGAGACAUUUUUCUUAAAAAUUUAUAUGAGAAUGACAUCUAAAAAUAACAUAUUGGCAUGUUCAUGUUUUGAAGGAAAACAGAAUUAAGGCUCUGGAGAAUAAAACUUGAUGACUCUAA